AUGACAAAGAAAAACGAACAGAAUAAUAUCCAACCGGGUGGUGGAGGGACUAGUACAACUCCAACAUCGACAACUACUGUUACAAAUACUACGACGACAAGUGGCAUUGUUAUUGUUCAACAACAACCAAUUAAUGAACAACAACAUUUUGUAUUACCUACAGUGAAUAAUUCAGCACCAAUGAUUAUAACAACACCAUUGGCUGUACCAUCUAUGAUAACUCAACAAUUGCCAACAACAACGAAUGUCCAACAACAAACGAUAACAACUGCUACAAAUACAACUACAAAUUCACUUGUUCCACCUUCAUCAACUCCUACAAUUACAACUACUGUAUCUAAUGCAAAUGUUCAAAAUAAAACUACAAAAUCACCUGGACAAGAUCGAUUGGUUUGUAGUUUGUGUAAUAAAGUUUAUCGAUCAUCAGCCGGUCUACGGUAUCAUAAACGGAAACGACAUCGAGAUGAAGGUAUGCUUAAACCAACACAAAUUCAUCGAGUACGAUGUUUAGAAAAUGGAUGUGUUUAUCAAAUGUUAGCCAUAUCCGAUCUAAGAAAUCAUUUAGCUAAUCAUCAUUUAAAGCCAGAAUAUAAAACAACUGAAGAAAAAAAAUUUAAUUCAUUUGCUGAAUUUACUGAAUGGAAAAGUUCAUUUGAACAAAGUAGUGGUUCAAAAUAUGUAAAAAAUUGUGGUUCAAAAGGCAAAUCUGAAAAUCAAACAACUGAAUACUAUUAUUGUAAUCGAACAGGACCAUACAAGCAAACACGACAAGGAUGGCGUCGGAAUUCCAAACCUCUUGAUUCUCUUCGUUGUGGUAUUCAUUGUACAUCAUCAAUGAAAGUUGACAUUAGUCGGAAUGAUCAAAUAUCCGUACAGUAUUAUCCAGCACAUUAUGGUCAUACAGCUGAACCACCAUUACAAGCCCCACCAUCAUCUACUACCGGUAAUACAUCAUUACCAACGACAAAUGGUGAAUUAGUUGAACAACCAUCUGUUCAACAACAAACAAUUCCACCGAUCCAAACUGUUGUACAAGCAGCUGUUCAACAACAGCAAACACAAACAACAACUACUGAUCAUUGUGUUCGACUUCAACAUCAACAUCAUGCGCAAACAUCAAGUAUUAUUAUUAAUAUUGCGCCUGUGAAUACAACAAUCAUCAAAUGCGUGUGA